AAGGUUCUUUACGGAACACUCAGUGCAAAAGAACACAGGAUUGGAACGGUUUUCAAUUCCAAUGCUCCAAAAAUCAUACAAUUUAUAUCAAACAUCAUAUUAUUGAGGAUGGAUUUCAAAAGUUAUCAAACUCUGACAUGUUCUUUGGAUGUCAAGAGACAGAUGCCCUUUAUUGUGGUGCUAAACUUCCUAUCAACCAAAAACUAGGACAAAACAACUCCGCUUUUUCGGCAGCUGUCAGUGAUUGCAAUGGUAAAAUUCAGUGCAAUGUGAGUGCUCAAUACUUUAAAGACACUGAGGCAGAUCUUCGCAAAUUAUGCAGCCAAUCAAACCCAUCAGAAUUAAAGAAAGCCUCGUUUCGACAAAGCAUUGAUUAUGAAUGUAUUCAAGAUUACCAAGUUAUCGAUAUGUGCACCAACAGAAAUGACAGCAGAAGUCCCCAUGUUUAUCUACAGUUAUCUGGCGACUGGGGUAGCUGUUCGUGUGACAUCAUUGGUGACAUAUCACGUGUCAAUAUUUUACAGACAGACAUGGCUGAAGUGCUCAUCUAUAAUGAAAGUAGACGUUUGUUUCAGCACCAACACUCUAGUGUUAGUCUCUAUGGAGUAGAAGUUCAAGUGAUUACUAAGAAGUUGCUCAUUCAUAUACAGGGAAGAUCUGCAGCAAGUCGUAUACUGAUUAAAGUAUUAGGAAACAUGACAAUUCACUGCGAGGAGUUAAAGUCGAUGAGCACUCUUCAGGAUCAGGAUCCUACUUCUACGCCAUUAACCAGUGUAGAAACACAUCAGAAAGGAGAACAAAUGCUGAGACAUAGCUCAAUAGGACCAAAUGUAACAGAUGUGAACAAACCAUCUUUGCCUUCCACAAUGGGAACACAUGCAAGUCGAACAGAUCAGAUGCUGAAAAAUAGCUCAACAGGAUCAGUUGUAAUGGAGAAAUCAGUGGAGUAUAUCAGGAGAGCAUUUCAAGAAAAGAAAAGAACAACCAAACAAGUUCUUUUGUUGAUGUCUGCAGAAAGAAAUUCAACGUUGAAUUCAGUUGAGAUCCUAACUUCUUCCAAAAGACGACAGGGAGAAAUCCCUGCUAUAUUCCGUCCUAUAAUAUAUUAUUCAUGCUCUAUUUUUUCAGCAAGCAAGCUAUACGACAGUAUAUUGAAUUCGAUACAACUUUCAUUUGGUGGCAUUUUAAUUUUACUUGUAAUAUUUCUGAUCUGCAAACAGAGAUCGCAAGAAUCUAACGGGAUCCAAGUAAAGGAUAUGGGAGAAAGAUUUGUACUUGUGUUUCCUCCCAAACAAAAAGACUGUAAGAAAAGUAUUGAGAUUCACCGAGCGGAUUGUUUGUGUAAUCAAUCAGAAAACAGCGAGACGCCAACCUCCCGACAAAACUACACGCCACUACAAGCUCUGAACGAAAUUUCAACGUAUACCGAACUAAGUCUUACAAAUGAGUACAUUGAUGUUGUUCGGGUGACCUGAUCAAAUGAACAUUGUAUUGUAAAGCCUAAAUUUGGCUGCAAAUUAGACAUAAAAUAAAACACUUAUACGAUUGUGAUAUUUCAUAAUAUAAGGAAUCUAAAAGGAUCUGUAAUAAAGUCACCGUUUUAAUUUAUAAGAUACAUGGAGGCAA